AUGCUCGGCCGCAUUCUCCUUACGCUUGAAGGUGUCAUGCUGCUCUUCGGCGUAUUAGCGGAUUGGAACGAGACACCCAUCCACAGUCCGCGCUGGCCUCCGCACGCCAGCAACGCGUCGACCCAAACGGCCAAGGACUCGCUCCGCACCGCGGGCUUCCUGGGGCCCAUCUACUGGGAGGCCGACUGGGCGUCGCUGCUGUGUCCAGGGACCUCCGGGCUGGAUCUCGAGUUCGGCGGGCCGGGUGCUUCCGAAUGCGUCGGCGGCGACACAGGCACAGGAGUUCCAUGUUGCGGUCCUGUUGGCACUCAACCAGAAGGGGGCACAGAGCGUGAAGGGACCCGAGCCCUUUCGAGAAUAGGAACAGGGGGCUGCUUCGUAAGAUUGCAGGCAACGUAA